AUGGAAAUAAGUGCAGUUUGUGAGUUUUCGUUUAAUUCAAACGAGGAGAAAACGACAGAUAGGAUUAGAAACGAUUCUGAAAGUCAAACUUCUGAUGGCUCAGAGAGAAGUGGCAGUGAGAAACGUACAGGGAGCUCUAAAGAUGAUUCUGGUGCACAAUCGAUAGAAGAGGGUCAGAGACCCAAAAGAAAACGAAGAGAGUGCAAAACUACUUCUGAGUACAAUUUUAGAUAUUCAUCGAUAAUAAAUCGCAUAAACACUGAACGCAAGAGGAACACUCGGAAAGAACCGAAACCAAAGUCAAAGCCGCCGCCGCUCAGCAAAUACCGCCGCCGCACCGCUAACGCCAGGGAGCGUGAUCGGAUGAAAGAAAUGAACGACGCUUUUGAGACAUUACGCACCGUCAUACCGUCAUACCCCGUGGGCGACGACGGUCUUAAAGUGACAAAGAUCACCACACUGAGACUGGCACUGAAUUAUAUCAAAGCUCUUAGAGAUACUUUAGGAUAUGCUUCAUCUGACUCUCUAAGUGACCAGUGUUUCAGCCCAGGGAGUUCGGAAGGGGGCGCGGUCUCCCCUCUGCCAAAUCACAUCCCCCCUCCCGAUGUCGAAAUGAGGUCACCACCAGGCAGUGGUUUGGACUCAGAAGUUUCUGCCGUGAACGAGUGUGCUACAAGCAAUGGUGGUUGCGCCCAGGUUUGCACUGAUACAGCGGCCUCCUUUACGUGUUCCUGUAACCCUGGGUUUAUGCUGGCUGCCAAUGCGAUGGAUUGUAAUGAUAAAAACGAAUGUGCCAUAAGCAAUGGUGGUUGCGCUCAGGUUUGUACCAACACGGCGGGAUCAUUUACGUGUUCCUGUAAUACCGGGUUCACACUGGCGGCGGAUAUGAUGGGAUGUAAUGAUAAUAACGAAUGCGCCAUAAGCAAUGGUGGUUGCGCUCAGGUCUGUACAAACACGACAGGAUCAUUUACAUGUUCUUGUAAUACCGGGUUUAAACUGGCUGCGGAUAUGUUGGCAUGUGAUGAUGUGAAUGAAUGUACUACAGCUAACGGCGGGUGCGCUCAGAUUUGCACGAAUACUGUUGGUACUUUCGUGUGUUCUUGUAAUCCUGGGUUUGCCCUUGCAGCAGACUUGAGGUCUUGUGUUGUUGUCACAGAUGUAGAUGAAUGUUUGAAUUCUAAUGGAGGUUGUGAACAAUUAUGCACUAAUACAGUAGGAUCUUUCCUAUGUUCCUGUCGGUCCGGCUUCGUGCUUAUAAACAGGAGAGCCUGUGCAGAUAUAAACGAAUGUUCUGUGAAUAAUGGCGGCUGUAGCCAAAGAUGUACCAACAAUCCCGGAUCUUUCAGCUGUUCAUGUGACACUGGAUUCAGUCUGGACUCCAAUGGAAGGACAUGCUCAGCUACUCAGCCACCCAACCCGUGCCUGACUAACAAUGGCGGUUGUCAACAGAUUUGUACGAACAAUGGAGGCUCAGCCCAGUGUUCAUGUAAUGCUGGUUUUACCUUGGAUAGCAACGGGAUGACUUGUACUGUGGAUCAACCACCAAAUCCUUGUCUAAUUGGAAAUGGCGGCUGCCAACAGAUUUGUAUGAACAAUGGGGGAACAGCCCUGUGCUCAUGUAAUGUUGGAUUUACCACAAACAAUAACGGAGUGACUUGUGUUGCCAAUAUACCUCCCACAACUGCUCAGCCAGCAACAACCAACCUGUUGCCAAGUAGCAAUCUACCUCCGGCAUCAAACACACCUCCGGGAAACAACCAGGCACAAAACCCUUGCCUGAUAAACAACGGGGGUUGCCAACAGACAUGUAGAAACAACGGCGGGAUACCGCGGUGCACUUGCCUUGCUGGCUUCUCCCUGAACCCCGAUGGGAGAACUUGCACUGCAUUCAUCUUCAUAAACUCAAGUCUCGCGGACCAGAACAUCUUUGGUGGUUUCCCGCUGAAUGGUGUAUCUUUUGAGAGCUGUUUAAUCAUAUGUCUCCUGACCACGAGUUGCGGGGCGCUUUCCUUUGACAACCAAAACGCUUGCGUUCUUCACCCUGUAAACACAGCAUGUGGACAGACGUUCCCACAAGCUGGGACGACACUUUACCGGUUGACCACGUGUCCAUCAGCUGAUGCAGCACCACUUUCUAACAUUGGAUUCUUUUUUCAAGUUAUAAGAGCACUUUUUGGUCUUUAGAAACCUUAAGUGUCACCAAAUGUUCGCCACGUCCUCCAGACAGGUACAUACAGAUGAAGUGUCAAGUAACCCCGCAGUAGUCACAUUGAAAUGGGAGAGCGCUUGUGUAGACUCUUGAAUCUGUUGUAACUUCUGGUAUGGAGAAAAUGCCUCCAACAGAGGUGGAUCUUUGAUUUCAUCAAUUUACUGGCAUACAUGUGCGAACUUUACCCGUUAAAUAAAUG